AAAUGUUCUAUCAUAUCAAAUAGUUUAUUUCUUUUUGCUUUUAUAUUUUACCUAUCGUAAUCUUUUUCUUUUAUUAUCGCAUAAAGAGAUCGAUGAUUCAUACAAUAAUGACGUAAUCCUAAUGGUUACCUUGACUAAUUUAGAAGAUAGUUUGGUUAUGUUUGGCAGAUACGAACUUCUGUCAACAUAUCAAAAAAAUGGGCUUGUUUGGCAAAUCUCCAGAAAAAAAUCCAAAAGAAAUGGUUCAAGAAUGGACACAUAAAUUAAGGAAAGAGGGCUAUCAAUUGGAUAGACAGGUUAGAGCAAUUCAACGAGAAGAAGAUAAAAUAAAACGUUCUUUAAAAGAAGCAGCGAAAAAAGGUGAUAAAGAUGUCUGUAAAAUUCUAGCAAAAGAAAUAAUACGUGCACGAAAAACUUGUAACAAACUCUAUACAUCAAAGGCACAUAUGAACUCUGUUGCGUUACAAAUGAAAAAUCAAUUAGCAACGAUUAGAGUUGCUGGUUCAGUUUCAAAAUCUACAGAAGUGAUGCAAGCGAUGCAAUCAUUAGUAAGAGUUCCAGAAGUAGCAGCAACAAUGAGAGAAUUAUCAAAGGAAAUGAUGAAAGCUGGUAUUAUUGAAGAAAUGUUAGAUGAAACUAUGGAAUCUGUAGAAGAUUCUGAGGAAGUAGAAGAUGAAGCAGAUGAAGAAAUAGACAAAAUCUUAUGGGAAGUAACUGCAGGACAAUUGGGUACAGCACCUGCAGUUGUUACAGAAACUCCAGGAUCUAUUGUAGCAUCUACUUCUGCAGAAGAAGAAAGUGAAGAAGUAGAUGAUAAAGAACUUGAAGAAAUGAAAAUGAGACUACAAAGUCUUCGUAGUUAGGUGUAAUAUAUAAAUAAUUUUCAUCUGCAUUGACUUAAAAAUCAACUUGCACUUAAUGAACAUAUAAAUACAUAAGGUACAAAUACAGUGGAAUGAAUACCUAACUUAACAUAAUAUUUAAUUGAUGCUUUUAUAAUAUUGAAUAACCAAAAAAAAAAAAUAAGUAUUAUAAAAAAUGAAACAAAAAUUUUUAUUUUAUCUAUACAGUUUUUAUAUCCAGCUUUUAUAACCUGUAUGUGAUUUAUAGAAUGUCACUAUUUCAACUAUAUAUGAGUCAUAAAAAUACAGAGAAGCUGGCUUCUUGAUUGUAUUAUGUUGAAACAUAUACUUUUUAAUUUAAUUACAAUCAAAAUCUUGUAUUAAUAUGUAUUAUACAUAAACAAUGGCUUUAAUUGUUA